UGGCCUCCUCCUCCUCCUCCUCCUCCCUGUUCCCUAUAGGUGUGUCUCCGGGCUCUGGCGACCUGACCCACUCCCCGCGGAGACGCCAGCCCGAGAGGUCACCCUCCUGCAGCCCCAGCAAGUCCCCAGCGCGCCAGCCGAGUGACGGGCCAUGGAAGCCGCAGAUGCCUCCAGAAGCAACGGGGCCAGCCGGGAAGCCAGGGAUGCGCGCAGCCCGCCGGGCCCCAACGGGCCCCUGGAGAACGGGGCCAAGGCCGAAGGCCAAGAUGCCAAGACCAGCAACGGGCACUGCGGGGAGGCGGCCGAGGGCAAGAGCCCGGGCGGCGCCCCGAAGCCAGGGGAGGGCAAGAGCUCCCUGUUCUCGGGGAACGAGUGGCGGCGCCCCAUCAUCCAGUUCGUCGAGUCCGUGGACGACAAGGCCUCCAGCUACUUCAGCAUGGACUCGGGGGACGGCAAGAGGUCCCCGUACGCCGGGCUCCAGCUGGGGGCCGCCAGGAAGCCGCCCGUCUCCUUCGCCGAGAAGGGGGAGCUGCGCAAGUCCAUCUUCUCGGAGCCCCGAAAGGCCGCCGUGUCCAUAGUGGAGCCCGGGGAGGCCCGGAGGAACAGCUACCCCCGGGCCGACGGCGGCCUCCUCCUGCGCCCCAAGUCGGGCUCCGAGGAGGUGCUGUGUGACUCGUGCAUCGGCACCAAGCAGAAGGCCGUCAAGUCCUGCCUGGUGUGCCAGGCCUCCUUCUGCGAGCUGCACCUCAAGCCCCACCUGGAGGGCGCCGCCUUCCGCGACCACCAGCUGCUCGAGCCCAUCCGAGACUUCGAGGCCCGCAAGUGCCCCCUGCACGGCAAGACCAUGGAGCUCUUCUGCCAGACGGACCAGACCUGCAUCUGCUACCUCUGCAUGUUCCAGGAGCACAAGAAUCACAGCACGGUGACGGUGGAAGAGGCCAAGGCCGAGAAGGAGACAGAGCUGUCACUGCAAAAGGAACAGCUGCAGCUCAAGAUCAUUGAGAUUGAAGAUGAGGCUGAGAAGUGGCAGAAGGAGAAGGACCGCAUCAAGAGCUUCACCACCAGUGAGAAGGCUAUCCUAGAGCAAAACUUCCAGGACCUGGUGCGGGACCUGGAGAAGCAAAAGGAAGAGGUGAGGGCUGCCUUGGAACAGCGGGAGCGGGAUGCUGUGGACCAAGUGAAGGUGAUUGUGGAUGCUCUGGAUGAGAGGGCCAAGGUGCUGCACGAGGACAAGCAGACCAGAGAGCAGAUGCAGAGCAUCAGUGACUCGGUGCUGUUUCUGCAGGAAUUUGGUGCAUUGAUGAGCAAUUACUCCCUCCCCCCACCCCUGCCCACCUACCAUGUUCUGCUGGAGGGGGAGGGCCUGGGACAGUCCCUUGGCAACUUCAAGGAUGACCUGCUCAAUGUGUGCAUGCGCCAUGUUGAGAAGAUGUGCAAGGCGGAUCUGAGUCGUAACUUCAUCGAGAGGAACCACAUGGAGAACGGGGCUGACCAUCGCUACAUGAACAACUAUACUAACAGCUACGUGAGCGAGUGGAGCGCACCUGAUACCAUGAAGAGAUACUCCAUGUACCUCACGCCCAAGGGUGGGGCCAGGACAUCAUACCAGCCAGGGUCCCCCAGCCGCCUCUCCAAGGAGACCAACCAGAAGAACUUCAACAAUCUCUAUGGCACCAAAGGUAACUACACCUCCAGGGUCUGGGAGUACUCCUCCACCAUCCAGAGCUCUGACGACCUGCCCGCAGUCCAAGGCAGCUCCUCCUUCUCUCUGAAAGGCACUGGGAAAGUCCCCUAUCAGUUCACCACCUUGGGACAGGCCACCACAGAGUUUUCCAAACCACUGGACGGCAGUGGGCGGUUUAAAAAUAAUCCUGGCUAUCCUUCCCUCAUCAGGAGCCAGAGCCCCAAGGCCCAGCCCCAGACCUGGAAAUCUGGCAAGCAGACACUGCUGUCUCACUACCGGCCGUUCUACGUCAACAAAGGCAAUGGGAUGGGGUCCAACGAGGCCCCGUGAGUUCCAGGCAGGCAGCAACGCGGCGCUGCUACCCCUGCCCUCCCCGGCUGAUCCUGCUGCUCUUGCUACUGUUCUCAUCUGGGUGGAAGGGAGCCUCCCCCCGCCCCCCCUCAUCAGCCACGCUCCAUCCAGGCCCCUCCCCGGCCUUGGGGCUUCUAAUGGUCACCAUCUUUCCUGUGCUCAGAGGCCAGCCAUCGCAGGGCUGGGACAUAGGUGGGCUUCACUAGCCUAGCCCCCCACCCUCCUCUUGGAUGUAAUUGCUGGGGCCCCCGAGGGAGCGGCCUGCCUCUCCUGCCCGUGCCCCUGCCGCCUCGAGGCCUGUUGGCCAUUUCUCUCCAAGGCUCCUUCCCUGUGAUGUGGUCAGUAGGGGCCUGGCCAUGACAGGCGCCCAGCUGCCAUCCGCACGGGCCCAAAGGGCCCAUCAGGAGAGUGGCCCUGAGCGCCCUGCCCUGGUCCUGCCGACUGCUGCCCAGCCUGAGCCUGCAGCCCUGGGCCGAGCCAUCAUCCCAACCACUUUGGGUGUCACCGUAGCCACGCCGAGUCCGAGGUCCCUGGGGACGGGCUCUCCUGGCUGCUGGGAUGGUCUUAGCCAAGAUCUCUCCUCUUCUACCAGCUGAGAUAAGCCAGUCCCUCAACAUGGUACAAUCCUUCCAUGAAAAUAGCCACUGGCCCAGCUGCCCAAGGGACGUGCCACGCACCUGCGGAAUCCUGGGGUUCUCGCUGCGACGGGAAGUGGGCGGGCUGGGGACACUGUCUCGGCUGGUAACUUGCAAUUUUCAGGUACCUGCUGCUGUAAUUUUUAAGGGUGGCUUACCCACUGGCCGCAUGGGUCUUCCUCCUCCCUCUGACUACCUUCCAUGUCGCACGCUGUCAUGGGGCUCAGGGCCUGGAGAGAGGACCAGAGCAGGAGCAGCAAGGUGGGCUCCCUCCUCCUCUCACCAGCCCUCCUGAGGGCCCUGGGCGGGGGGGCAAUGGGGUGGGGGCCGGCUGGCCAGGGGAGGAGAGGGCGACAUACAGCUUGGGCUUUCCCCUCCUGAAUAAACCAAUGAUCACCGA